AUGAUGAAAGGAGCAGAAAACACCAUUGGUAAGAUUAAAACGAAGAGAAUAAUGGAGCCUUGGAUGACUGAAGAAAUGCUGAGAAGUAACAAUGCUCAAAGAAGAAUAGAAAGUAAAGAUGGAGAAUUACUAACGGACCCACACGGCAUCAAGAAGAGGUGGAAGGAAUAUACAGAAAUGCUGUACAACAAGGAUGGAAGACCAACAGAAUUGUUUGUAGAAGAAGAAUCAGAAGUUGAUAAGUACGAAAUCGGACCAGACAUCAUGAGAGCGGAAGUACUAAAAGCAAUUGAAGAGCUAAAAACAGGAAAGGCAGAAGGAACAGACAAUAUACCGGCGGAAAUGUUAAAGACCUUAAAGGGCACUGGAUUUAAUGAGAUAGUGAUACUGUGUCAGCAGAUGUAUUUAGAAGGUAAAUGGCCGGAGGACUUUUGUAAAAGCGUGAUGGUACCGUCAGAGAAAAAAACAGCUGCUAAGAAAUGGGAGGACCACAGGACGAUUAGCUUAAUAUCGCAUGCAUCACAGAUUAUGCUCAAGAUUCUGUCAAGAAGAUCGGAGAACAAAAAAACAGACGCAAUUGGACAAGAUCAAUUUGGCUUUAUAAAAGGACGUGGAACAAGAGAAGCGAUAACAGUGAUGAGAAUUCUGGCAGACCGAAGCAUUGAACAUGAUCAAGAGGUAUAUGUAUCGUUCGUAGACUUUGAGAAAGCUUUCGAUGGAAGUUCUCAAAAGUAUCGGGGUGGAUUGGAGAGAUAG